AUGCCGGCGAUGGCGGCGCCCCAGCGGCGCGCGCCACGCUGCGCUCAGAACCGGAGCAGCAGCAGCGUCGCUGCAACACAGCGUGCACUGCGCGCACUUGCGCCGCUCGCGCUCCUCACCAUCCUCGCCCUCGCCCCCUGCGGCGGGCCUGUGCGCUGCUCCGCCGCGCCCCUGAGCACGGUGCACAGCAUCAGCCAGAUGUGGGAGCAGACAGCGCUGUCCGCGGCAGAGGCGACGCUGGUGGCCAUCUCCAAGCAGACGGGGCGCGACCUGUCGCUGCGCGCGGUGCCCCUCGACAGCCUCAAGGGCUGCGGCAGCGCGGGCGCGGCUCAGGCGGUGUUUGUGGGUCGGCAGCACCUGAUCUCCCUGGAAGUGGACGGGGUGGAGUACAAGCUGAGCUUCAACAGCGACCUGGAGGGCGGCGGCCUCGACGACAGCAGCAGCAGCAGUAGCAGCGGCGGCAAAGGCAGCAGCGCACGCACACGAGGCGGCGGCGGCGCGCUGGGACUUGCAGCGGGCGGCGGCUCAAGUUUUGCCGCCAUGCAGCAGCAGCUUGGGCAGCAGGCGCUGCCAGCUGGACAGGCCAGCGCCGGCGCCGGCGCCGCGGCGCUCGCGCGCGCGGGCGGCGCCCCCGGCGCGCAGCAGGCGCUCGCGCUGCCUUCGCUGGACCCCCUGCGGUGGCAGCGCUCCCACGUCAGCCUGCCAGAGAUAACCCUGGCCGGCCCCCUGGAGCUGGUGUUUGCUGCCCCCACCCCCCUGGCGCUCUACCUGCCGCACUCUGUCGAGGCGCCCGCCGCGCGGCGGCUGCUGAUCGCGCCGGGCGCGGCGCUGACGCUGCGCAACAUACGUGGCGUGGCGCUGCGGCGGCCUGUCGAGCUGCCAAAGCUUCCCCCCAGCUACCUGGCUGAGGUGCUGGCCCACGCCCAGCUGGGGCAGCCUGAGCCGGGCUUUGAGGGCGCCCCCGGCAUGCUCUACCUGGC